AUGGAAAUGACUUAUCGUCCUGUUGUCACCACUCAGCCACAAUGCCACACAUCCACGCGGAGUUUUGAGUGGCAGACGGACCUCUGUGACUGCGGCAGCGACUGUCGUGUUUGUGAGUGAAGUUCAAAGAUUUGGGGUUUUAUGGCCUUGGGGGACUUUGAACAUCAGCCACGAUUUAGCUGUACUAUAAAACAACAGCCAACCUCUCUCUAUAAAAGCCAGUCUCUCAGUGUUCCAUCACACACUAGUGUGACCAUUCUCAAAUAGCAAGGUGGGCUUUCCAUGCAGGGGAAGAAGUGUAGAAUCUGCCACUUGUGUAUAAUAAUAAUAAUAAUAAUAAUAAUAAUAAUAAUAAUUUAUACCCCGCCCAUCUGGCUGAUUUUCCCCAGCCACUCUGGCCGGCUCUCAACAGAAUAUACAAAAACACAAUGAAACAUCAAACAUUAAAAGCUUCCCUAUAUAGGGCUGCCUUCAGAUGUCUUGUUAAAGUCAGACAGUUGUUUAUCUCAUUGACAUCUGAUGGGAGGGUGUUCCACAGGGUGGGCGCCACUACUGAGAAGGCCCUCUGCCUGGUUCCCUGUAACCUCGCUUCUCGCAGUAAGAGAACUACCAGAAGGCCCUUGGAGCUGGACCUCAGUGGGGUGGAGCUGGACGAUGGGGGUGGAGACGCUCCUUUAGGUAUACUGGACAGAGACCGUAUCUGCUCCAUUUGCAGUCCAGGUGCUCUCAGCUUGGGGUGCUGUCAAUUAUUGGGCCCCUUCCAGGCCCCGGAUAUCUCUUCUCAUGGUUCUUUGCCCUUAAAUUGGAUCUGGAUUGGCAGUCCUUCAAAUAGAGGACUGUAUUCUGUAAAGUGGGACACAUGGCAGCUUAAAGGGAGGUCUCAGGAAGGGGAGGAGAGGCACAGCAGUCUCUAGAAUAGCUACUUCCUCUGACAAGUUGUGUGGACUGAGAAACCAAACCUGGAGCAAGACUUGUACAAGGCCAGCCAGCUCCCCCAUUGGGUUCUCAGAUAACUUGGUCCACCUGAGGUGAGGAGCUGCAGUCCCCUUCUCUGCAGGGGCGGAGCAAGGUGGGUGCGGUGGGUGCGGUCUUCCCCAGGUGUCACCUCCGGGGUGUGUGUGUGUGUGUGUGUGUGUGACAAAAUGCUGUGUGGCACUCAACGUCUGUGAGAGACGCCUUGGCAUGCUUUGGCUUACCGCUGCCAAAAUGGCUCCUCUGUAGGGCGGCAGGCAGAUUCCUCGCCACAAGGCGCGCAAUCUCCGCUAGAAUAGCUCAACAACUCUGGCUCCCCACCCAACUGUGAAUUUUUUGCAGGCAAAAAUUUCAGUGUGUGUGUGGGGGGGGUGACAAUAAAUUUUCUGGACCGGGUACCACCUGACCUUGUUACACCACUGCUUCUCUGGCCAUUAAUAUGGUGUUGCAGAACAACCAAGAUCAAAUCAAUAGCCCGCAGUGACUGAAGGCUGCUCUGGCAGUGCAGGUCUUAAGAUGCCCAGGCCCAGCUGACAGACUCCCUCCCUAGCAUAUUAUAAGAUCAGAUGGCACCACGCCCCAUAAAUGGCCCCAAGUGGACCCCUUUUCUUGUCUCCGUAGGAGAGAAGGGCAGCCACGCACUUAUAUGGGGAGAAACGAAGCGCUGUACAGGGCGACCCUGGUGUGGCCUAUAUGGUCUGACCUUCCCUCCCAGGAAGAUUAAUUAUUAUUCUACAUAAUAAAAAUAUAGGUCUUGUUAUCCAGACAUCAUACGAUCCAUGAAAAUCAUUCACAGGGUCAAGCAUUCACAUAACAAGCCAAUGAUUUCCAGUGAUUCCUAUUGGAAAAUUUCUAAUGUGUCCCGACCAUGGAAUUUUUACUCCCAAAGACCCCCCCCCCCAAAAAAAAAAAUAUCCAGGAAAACAUAGGGGAAAAUGCUCUGAUUUAUCCAACUGCUCCCCCUCCCUCCAUUCCUCAGCCAACCAGCAAAAUGCAAAUGAGGAAGUAAAAAUGCUCUGUUUGGGUAUCUGGAUCUGUGGUGUGUAUGGCAAGGCUUGGAUAUGAAUUCCUCAUGUUUGGAUAAAUGAAUUUUUGCUUAGUGAACUUUUACAAAACAGAAUGUGUGUGUCUUUACCUUUUAUCUAAGCCUCUGCUGCCCUUGGCCCUUGGCUCUGUAUGUGCUUAUGAGUUGAAUUGCACACACCCUUCGGCGAGACUUCACAAACUCACAGACAAGUUUGGCCAACCCAUCAUGAUGACUGAUAAUUUCCAGUUGCAUGCGGUAACUGCAGAAAGAAGUACAAGACGCAAGGAAUUGUUGACCCAAGAGCAAUUGGUGCCAGAGAGUAAUUUGGGAGUUAGGGAACUGCCUAUCCUGAGUCAUUUUUGUCUUCAGUGAUGGGCAGUGACUUUCCAGGGUUUCAGACACUGGGCACUCCCAGUCUCGCCCUGGAGAUACUGAGGAUUGGACCUUAGGCCUUUUGUAUGCAAGAUAGAUGCUCUAACCCUGAGAAGUGGUCCUCUCUUUGAAAGUGUUUCUUCAUCUCAAGACACCGUGCCUCUAAAUGCUUCUGAGACCAAGCAGUGAAAUUCCAUUGGCUGCGUGUAUACUGGAGGGUGCGAAAAAGCUAACCUUUGUGUUUGAUUCCCGCCCGCCCCCUCUAGGUCUGUGUGGAACAUUCUGCUUCUUCUGCCUAGGAUGCAAAGUUGCCAAGGACAUGGAAGAAUGCUGUUGCUGUGGACCGAGCGUCGCCAUGAGGACUCGCUACCGGACUCAGUUUAGGAUACCGGUAAAUUACUGGAUAGGGAUGCAGGUGGCGCUGUGGUCUAAACCACAGAGCCUAGGGCUUGCCGAUCAGAAGGUCGGCGGUUCAAAUCCCCGUGACGGGGUGAACUCCCAUUGUUCGGUCCCUGCUCCUGCCCACCUAGCAGUUCAAAAGCACGUCAAAGUGCAAGUAGAUAAAUAGGUGCCACUCCGGCGGGAAGGUAAACGGCGUUUCCAUGCGCUGCUCUGGUUUGCCAGAAGCGGCUUAGUCAUGCUGGCCACAUGACCCGGAAGCUGUACGCCGGCUGCCUCGACCAGUAAAGCAAGAUGAGUGCCGCAACCCUAGAGUCGUUCGCGACUGGACCUAACCUUUUAAAUUACUGGGUAAUAUUUGUGUUUCGCGUUUCUAAGUUGCUCAACAAACACUCCCCAAUUAAGUGUUGUGCAGAUAACAUCUUAAAUAAAUAAAAUAAAGAAAACCAGCAGAGACUGGAAACAGAAUGUUCCAUCCAUCCCUAAUCAAAAUACAAUUCAGUCUUCUGCUAUGAAAUUUUGCUUUUUUUUUACUCUCUGCAGGGAUCCAUCUGUUGCGACUGCCUCACCACCACUUUCUGUGCUCCCUGCAAUCUUUGCCAGCUCAAGAGAGAUAUCAACAGGAGGAAGCAGCUGGGGAUAUUCUAG